AUGUUCGCCGGAUGCUUCGGCCUGAUCUUCAACGACUUCCUCAUCGAGGUCGAUAUGAACUCUACGAGUGUCACCUUGUUAAUGGGCGUGAGUUGCAUGAGUGUCGCGGUUUCAGGUUAUUUCACAAGUAAUUUAUGUAAAAUAAUGAGCAUGCGCAAGUGCGCUUUAUUAAGUGCAGUUAUUUUAAACAUUGGAUCGUUAGGCACAGUAUUUGCGAACACAAAAAUAUUGUUCUUUAUUUUUCAAGGUGUUUUCUUGGGCGCUGGAUUUGGCGUGCUAUACACCAUAACCUGCACGCUACUUAACGACUACUUUAUUAAAAGACGGUUACUCUUUAUAAGUAUAGCGCAGACUGUGACAGGUAUUUCCGCCCUGCUCGCUCCUCAACUAGUUAAACUAACAUUAGAAGAGUAUGGAUACAGAGGUACACUCAUAAUAAUAUGCUGCUUUAUGUUACAAACUUUCGUAGCCGUUUCUUUGAUGCAGCCUGUCGUAUGGCAUAUGAAAAAAGUUGAAGUAGCUGACGAGAAUACUGAUGAAAUAAAAUUACUAUUAGUAGAUAAAAAUGCAAAUGAAACUGUGUUAUCAACGCCCUUGAUCACGAUGACAGACCCUGAAUUGGCUACGAAAACUAAAGAAGAAAUCCAUCAUGAUAUUAAACAUGACAUUGAAUAUAGUGACGAAAAACCAACAGGUGGUAUUAAGCAAAAAAUCAACGAAAUGUUGGAUAUUAAACUAUUGAAGAAGUUUUGCCUUUCAAACGCAUCGAUGGGUCCUACGUUUUGUAUGUUCGCUGAGAUGAAUUUUACACUUAUGUUGCCUCAAGCUUUGUACGAAAUGAAAUGGGAUCAAUACAGUGUAGCAAAAGCAAUAAUGUUAAAUUGCUUUGGCGAUUUGGUGACGCGAACCAUGUUCAUAUUCAUUAGUAAAUGGGUGACGAAGCUGGGAAACCAGGAGGUUUAUUUAAUUGGGCUAGUUGUAGCCUUUGUUUCUCGAUUAUGUAUGCUUUGGACAGAAAAGCCAACCGUGGUUCUUCUUUUCAUAACAUUGAUCGGCGUAGCGCGGAGCAGCAUCCUGGUGUUGCCUCCUGUAAUUCUUGCCGAAGUCUUCACUCCCGAAGAGUUCACUAAAGCAAUGGGCAUUUUCAUGAUGCUCUUCGGUGUUAUGAAUUUGGUUUUGGGACCUGCUAUCGGCGCUGUUCGCGACAUGACUAAGAGUUACCCAACAGCAUUCUACAUAAUCACCACGUCAUUCGCAGUGGUGAUCUUACUAUGGACUCUUGAGCUGGUGUACAAAAAAAACAAGAACAGAAGGAAGCUCCAGUUACUAGCUGCUGAAGAAUUGAAAAGAAAACGAAAUAAAAAUAGAGGAAAUCAAUAAUUUUUGGAUUAUCCUUGUUUAUUGACUAGUAGUCACAAAAUGAUUGUCACUUAUGGC